AUGAGCUUCAAGGGGUUUUCUAAGAGUAUCGCCCGAGCUCCGCAGCAGUUCAAGCUCAAGUUCAACCUCGGAGAACACUCCCAGGAUGCGGUGUAUACCGACUCCGAGCGCCGCUUCCAAGAGCUAGAGAAGGAAACCAAGAAGCUUCACGAUGAGUCCAAGAAGUAUUUCGACGCCAUUAAUGGCAUGUUGACCCACCAGAUCGAAUUCUCCAAAUCAGUCGCCGAAAUUUACAAGCCCAUCUCGGGACGAGCUUCCGAUCCCAACUCAUACCACGAUGAAGGAAAUGCCGAGGGAAUUCAGGCUUGUGAGGAGUACGAGGCGAUUGUGCGAGAGCUGCAGGAGGCCCUCGUCCCCGAACUGGAGAUGAUCGAGAGCCGAGUAAUCAGCCCUGCGGACCAACUCCUCGAAGUUGUCAAGAUCAUUCGCAAAGUGGCUGUCAAGCGCGACCAUAAGAAACUGGACUUUGAUCGUCGAAAUGCCACGCUCAAGAAGUUGGAGGAAAAGAAGGACAAAAAUAUCAAGGAUGAAAAGGCUCUGUACAAGGCCGAGAAUGACGUUGAGCAAGCAACACAGGAAUACAACUAUUACAAUGAUCUGCUCAAGGAGGAGCUACCGAAGCUUUUCACCCUCGAAGCAGAGUUCAUCCGCCCGCUCUUCCAGUCCUUCUACUACAUGCAACUCAACGUCUUUUACACUUUGCACGACAAGAUGCAGCGCAUGAAUAUCAGUUAUUUCAACCUCAACCUGGAUGUGGAGGAGGCCUUUGAGCAAAAGCGAGGUGACGUGCAGGAACGCACGGAAGCUUUAACCAUCGUCCACUUUAAGGCACAGGGCGUCCGUCGAAACAACUCCAAACUGAAUCCCAAGCUGGCCGAAAUCAAACGAGGAAGAUCUGCCUCCACCGCCGAUGAGAACCCUCCACCACCUUACUCAGCCGGUUCCAUUCCCAGCCCAACAGGCAGCUUCUCCUCGGCUGCUAAGAGCAAGCCAGCCCCACCGCCACCAAGAGCAAAGCCGGCUCACCUCAGCAAGCCUGCCGAGAUGGCCACCGCUCUUUAUGAUUAUGAGGCACAGGCCCACGGUGACUUGGGCUUCUCAGCAGGCGAUGUGAUUGAAAUUAUCCACCGAACUGAGAACACAAAUGAGUGGUGGACCGGGCGGACCGGUGGUCGGGAAGGACAAUUUCCUGCCAACUAUGUGCAAUUGAAUUAG